AUGAGCAGUUCUGAAAAAUAAAAGGAAUAUGUAGUACAGAAAUCCAUAGAUAGCUUAAAUACAGAUAGGAGGGAGUCUGAUUAGAGUGCGAAGUAGACUGGAUUACCUGAAAUUCUGAAGCGUCCAAAAGAGAGAAAGUAUGGUUAAGAUGUUUUAAUAGAACAAUAGUAGAAAUUAAGAUCAUCUUACAAUGGUCGAUUACUCACUCAAAGCGAAAAGCUAAAUAUUUAAUCGUCUAACCCAAACUUUUCAGAAAAAUAAGAUGAUAAUUUAUACUCACAAUUAAAUAUCUCUUAAGGAUAUGUAGUAUAGAGUUGCCAACAAGAAAAAAAUAGAGAUAGUAUAAGUUUAGCUAAUGAUGAUGUUUCUCUUUUGAAAAGAGGAAACUAGAGUAGUGCGACAUUUUUAAAGCAAGAGCAAGAUUUUGAAAACGAAUCAUUACUAACAAGAACAAACGAUAAGAGCUCAAAGGCUCAAAAAUCAUACACAUCUUUUGCAUAGUAGGUGAAAGGUGGAGCUUACUCUCUCAAUAGAAACAAUAACUCAUCUUAUGGAUAAAGAAAACUUGGUUAUUCUUCUAACUAAAUUUAAAAGUUGGAUGAAAAUAUUAGAAUGCUAGAAUAAAAUUUAUAACAACUGAAAAAAAGCCAGGUCAAGACGCAAUAAAAUAAGAAACUUUCUAGUAGCCCUUAUAAAGCAAGACCUAUAACAGCUUCAGCUGAAAAGAAAAUAAAUGAAGAAAAAAUAGAAGCCUACAAUAGGCUUUAUAACAUUGAUGAAAAUCUACAAGAUUAAGAUCAUUUAAUUGUGAAUUUCAAUGCCAACUAUUAUAAUAAGAAAAAACCUGCUCGCCUUGGAAUAAACAACCUUGAUAAAAAAGCACAAAUAUCUCCUCAAGUUAUCCAAGAAGCCAUUAAAUAUGAAGAAAAGCUAAUCUAAAAUAAAAAGCAGCAAGAAGCGAAAAAAUUUUCUGGUUCAGGCCAAAACAAUUUAAGAAUCAGAAAAUUAGAAACAACAAAAAUGAUAAAAGAAACACCUCUAUCAAACAGCAAAAGAAUAAAUACAAUCGAAGAAUCUAAUUAAAAUGUACCGUUUUCAACAACUGCUGCAAAAUCUACAAAGCCAGAGCUUUCUGAAAAGAGGGAUUUUAGUGAUACUCAAAAUUUCAGUUUGUAAGAUGUAACAGCUAAUAAUUAAUCUACAAAAAGUAAAAAUGAACUUGAUAACUACAAAUUAGGUCCUUUAAUAGGAAAAGGAUCAUAUGCAACAGUAAGACUUGCAACAGACUUGGCAACAAAUGAAUAAGUUGCUAUUAAAUUCUAUGAGAAAUUUAAGCUAUUUGACCCUCAAAAAAAGAAAAAUGUUCAAAGAGAAAUCUCUAUCCUUAAAAAAAUUUCUCACCCACAUUGCAUUGGAAUGCAAAAAACAUUUGAAAAUAGCAAAAAUAUAUGUGUUGUGAUGGAAUAUGUUGGUAAAGAUUCUCUUUAUACCUAUUUGAAGAGCUUUGAGGGAAGAAAGUUACCUGAAGAGGAAGCUAAAAGAAUUUUUAAGUAAAUAAUAAAAGGAGUUAGUUAUCUCCAUACAAACAAUAUAAUUCAUAGAGACAUGAAGCUUGAAAAUUUAUUAAUGGAUGAUACUAAAAAUAUAAAAAUUAUAGAUUUUGGAUUUUCAAUAAUGAUACCUCCAGAUAAAAAACUAAACAUAUUCUGUGGUACUCCAAGCUAUAUGGCACCAGAAAUAGUUAGUAAAAAGGAGUAUUAUGGUCCUCCAGUAGAUAUUUGGGCGUGCGGUAUAUUGUUGUAUGUAAUGCUUGUUGGUACUUUUCCUUUUAAAGCAGCUGAUGAUAAGACAUUAUAUUUUAAGAUUAGAAACGGUAAUUAUGAUUUACCACCACAUGUAAGUGUAGGUGCAAGAUAAAUUUUAAAGAAAAUUUUAAACGUUAAUUAUCAUGAAAGAGCAACAGCUGAAGAGAUUCUUAUGGAUACAUGGGUUAGCCCUAUGAAUAUAGUAAGAAAAAUAGAUGAGUUAAGAGCUUAAAUUAAAUAAAAAUAAAAUGUAAAUUCAAUUAAUGACGAAGAAGAAGUAAAUCAAAAUAAAGAGCAUUGA